AUGGAGGCCACUCAGAUUACUCAAACCCAGCCGACUCAGCAAUCGCCUUUGACGCAAACACAGAAGUCGCAGGAUCCAAACAAGAUAUGCCAAUUGCUAUGCGCCACGGGCCAGUAUCCAACCAAGCAUCUUAGUGUAAACGACAAACCAGAAAAAGAUGGCAAAAUAACGUGGCUCUUUGGUAGAUCUAAUGAGUCCGAUCUUCAGUUGAGCUCGUCGACGCGGCUUUCUAAUAAACAUUUCCUAGUAUGGCUCAAUGUCAACGACAAAUCAUUGUGGAUUCGAGAUACGUCAACGAAUGGGACUUCAUUGAAUGGCAGUAGACUAGUGAAAGGAUCAAACUACUUAUUGAACCAGGGGGAUGAAAUUAGUGUGGGGAAUGGAGUGCCGACAGAUGUUGUUAAAUUCAUUGUUAUAUUCACAGACAAGUUCAACCCUUCACUCCUGCCCGAUUCGAGCACACUUGCCAAGGAUAACGGAAUCUACAAGGACUUUAUUAUCAAGAAUGAAACGAUAGGACAAGGUGCGUUUGCCACUGUGAAGAAAUGUGUUGAGCGGUCUACUGGCAAUUCCUUUGCAGUAAAGAUUAUCAAUCGUCGUAAGGCAUUGAACACGAGUGGAAUGGGGAAUGCCUUGGUUGGGGUUGACCGCGAGUUGUCAAUUUUGGAAAAGUUGAAUCACCCAAAUAUUGUUUCGUUGAAGGCGUUUUACGAAGACACGGAAAAUUACUACAUAGUGAUGGAGUUAGUUCCUGGCGGAGAUUUAAUGGACUUUGUGGCUGCCAAUGGUGCAAUUGGAGAAGACGCGACGCAAGUGAUUACGAAGCAGAUAUUGGAAGGGAUUUUGUAUGUGCACAAGCUUGGUAUAUCGCACCGUGACUUGAAGCCGGAUAAUAUCCUUAUUAUGCAAGACGAUCCCAUAUUUGUUAAGAUUACCGAUUUUGGGUUGGCCAAGUUUAGCGAUAAUCUGACGUUGAUGAAGACAUUUUGCGGGACGCUAGCGUAUGUUGCACCCGAAGUGAUUACAGGAAAAUACGGUCUGUCACAAAUGACGGAUACUGCCAACUCGAACUACUCGUCACUGGUUGACCUCUGGUCUUUGGGUUGCUUAGUAUAUGUGCUUUUGACGUCGCAUCUACCAUUUAACGGCAAAACUCAAAAGCAGAUGUUCCAGAAAAUCAAGCAUGGAGAGUUUCACGAAGCGCCACUCAACUCAUAUGAGGUUAGUGAGGAGGGGCGCGAUUUCCUUUCAUGCUGUUUACAAGUUGACCCAAGGCGGAGAAUUACUGCAGAGGAGGCAUUGCAACACCGAUGGCUACGUGAUGUAGUAGACGAAGUUAGCUCGUCGCCUAAAUCGUUGAGUCUAUCGCAAUCACAAUCGCAACAGUCGCGCAAAAUCGAGAAUGGUAUCCACAUUGAGUCGAUGAGUAAAAUCGAUGAGGAUAUAAUGCUUCGUCCCUUGGAUAGUGGGAAGAAUCGGAAAACAAAAGAGCAGCAGGAUUUCAAAGUCCCCAAAAGAAUUGUGCCCUUGCCUCAAUCGCAGCCCAUGCGUAAUUUACCAGCAUCGCAGCCGAUUAAGAGGUCGCUAGAGCAGGUGAAACCAGGGAACGGCUCCGAUGUGGAUUCCGGAGUGAAGCGGAUGAAAAUUGAGGAUAGCAAGAGCACGCGGCCGAUAUAUUUUGAGCCUAUACCAAACUCGCUCAAGACAGAUUCGGUGACAAUCACCAAACAGAGAUUUGCUAUUGGCCGGGCAGAUGUGUGCGACUACACCGUGAGUGAUGAUAGGUUGUCGAAGAUACACUGCAUAAUCACUACAGAUUUAAUGGGACAGACCUGGCUUUUGGAUAUGAGCACCAACUCGUGUACAGUGAACAAGACAAUUAUUGGGAAGGGCAAGAAAAUACGACUCCGGGAUGGAGACAAGCUCUAUUUGUUUAAUGAUGUGGAUUUAAAUGAAUAUGUGGGGUUUUUUGUCAGGCUCGACCAAGGACUGGAGAAACAAGAUAGCCAGCAAGAAGUGUUACCACAGAGUUCAAAUGAGUUGAAUAUGAAGAUGGAGUUGGUUACAUUGUAG